CUAAAUGACUGAUUGAUUGUGACAUUUAGAAUAAUCAUAUUUCUAAAGUUGUUGGAAAUCUGAAGGUUAAUAGAGUUAGAGGCAAGAUAUAAUUUGGACCUCAUCAAUCUUAUUCUUACAUAGGGGCAGUUGCCAAUCUAAAUCUGCCAUUAGAUUAUUCUCACAAAUUUGUAUCAUUUUCUUUUGGAGAUUAAGAUGCACUUAAGAAAGUCAAGAGUUUGUUUUAGCAAGGCUAAUUAGAUAGUUUUACUGGCACUUACUGAAUUAAAAAGUUGAAUUGGUUAGUUAAUCAUAUUGAUAAUUAAACAUUUUAAAUAUAACAUGAACACUUUAUUAACAUCAUUCCAACUCAUUAAACUUUGUUAAAUAAAUAAGUAUAUUCAGUUUACUAGUAUUCAGCUAAUCACAACGAAGUGAGAUCAAAUAAUUAUGGUAAUGUUCAAUUCAGGUAUUAUUAACCUUUAUUUAGAUAAGACAUUACUCCAAAAACUGUCACUUAUUGGUAAACAAAAGAGGACACUUUGCAUUUCUAAGUCCAAAUAUGUGCUGUUAUUGAAGGUGUAUUUACUGUAUCAAGCAUGAUUGAGGCAUGCGUUUAUAAAGUUAUGAGGAUGCUAUUAAAAGUUUCAUGA